AUGCUCCCAAAGCUUGCCAUGAAGCUGGUGAGAGUGCCCGCUAUGUUUGGUGGAGCUACGAUUGCGGGUUUGGCUUAUUUUCAAUACCAAGCGACUCAGGCGGGCACCUAUGCGAUGGACUUACUAAGGUCCGCUGGGGAUACUGCAGGGAGUACGGCGGCCGGUAUCUUUCAAGGCAUACAGAAUGCGGCCGAGCAGACACAGCGGGGAUGGAGCAAGACAACCGAGGAGAUCGAGUUCCCGGAGUGGCUACAAAAGAUCCUCCGUAUGGAUGAGGAGUCUCAGUCUGAGCAUGGCGGAGGUGGUAAAGAGCCAAAGGAGCCUGGAAAUGCCGCGGCGGGAGCUGCGGCUGCCACGACAGCGGCUUUUGGAUACGACCAGUCCAACGAGGACGAUACACGGGCUGGGAAGCAGGCUGCCGAUGACGACCAGAUGAUGCUCCUUACACGAAAGAUGAUCGAAAUCCGAACCAUUCUGCAGACAGUCGGCCAGUCUGGGUCAUUGACUCUUCCAUCCAUUGUCGUAAUUGGCUCGCAGUCUUCCGGGAAAAGCUCUGUCCUUGAAGCCAUCGUUGGUCAUGAAUUCUUGCCCAAGGGAUCGAACAUGGUCACCCGCCGACCGAUCGAAUUGACCUUGAUCAACACCCCUAACGCGCAGGCUGAAUAUGGUGAAUUCCCGGCACUCGGUCUUGGAAAGAUUACCGAUUUCUCUUCAAUCCAGCGCACAUUGACCGAUUUGAACCUCGCGGUUCCGGAUAAGGAGUGUGUCUCUGAUGACCCUAUCCAGCUCAAUAUCUAUUCCCCCAACGUUCCGGAUCUUUCAAUGAUUGAUCUUCCCGGAUACAUCCAAGUGGCUGGCCAUGAUCAGCCUCCAGAGUUGAAGCAGAAGAUCAGCGAUCUGUGUGACAAAUAUAUUCAGCCUCCCAAUAUCAUUUUAGCGAUCUCAGCUGCGGACGUCGAUCUGGCCAACUCAACCGCAUUAAGAGCCAGUCGCCGUGUUGAUCCUCGUGGUCAACGUACUAUUGGUGUGAUCACGAAAAUGGAUCUCGUCGAUCCAGAGCGUGGCCACGAUAUCCUCACGGAUAAGAAAUACCCACUCCGACUGGGCUACGUCGGUGUCAACGAGAACGCUUACUUCUCUGCACAUCCCACCGAGUUCGGACCGCACUCUGACACCCAAGUUGGCGUGUCCACUCUGCGCAAGAAAUUGAUGCAUGUUCUAGAGCAAACUAUGGCAUCCAGUCUUUCGGGUACUCGCGACGCGAUCAGCCAGGAGCUAGAGGAGGUCACCUACGAGUUUAAGGUGCAAUACAACGACCGACCUCUGAGUGCCGAGUCUUACCUUGCAGAGAGUCUGGACGGUUUCAAGCAUUCCUUCAAGGCAUUUACGGAAGCUUUCGGUCGCCCGCAAGUUCGGGAAAUGCUGAAGGCUGAGCUGGACCAACGUGUCAUGGAUAUCCUUGCCCAGCGCUACUGGAACAAGCCCGUGGAAGAUCUAGACCCGCCGAUGGCAGAGCUUGAUCCGCUCAAGGAUCUGCCCAAGGCGGACCCAGAGUCAUUAUAUUGGCACCGAAAGCUGGAUGCAUCUUGCUCAACCUUGACCAAGCUUGGAAUCGGCAGGCUCGCUACUACAGUGGUGGCCAAUGCUCUUCAGAACCAUGUUAAUUCCUUGCUCGCCAAUUCUACCUUUGCAUCCCACCCCGGUGCUCACAAGCAAAUCAUGGAUGCUUGUACCAGCAUUCUGAAUGAGCGGUUUUUCAGCACUAGCGACCAGGUGGAGAACUGCAUCAAGCCAUACAAAUUUGAAAUCGAGGUCGAUGAUACAGAGUGGUCUAAAGGCAGGGAGAAUGUGGCCAAGGUGCUCAAAGAGGAGCUCCGUGCCUGCGAAUCCGCCAUUAAGCAUGUGGAGGACAUGGUUGGAAAACGGAAAUUGAAGGAUGUUAUUUCUUUCAUUGACAGGGUCCGCAAAGGUGAUGUAGUGCUAGAGGGUAAUGGAUCUGGCGGAGCCGGUGGCUUCAGCGCUGCUCUUCUGGAGCGAGGCCGCGAGGGUCUGUUCCUGCGUGAUCGCGCCGAGCUCAUCAAAAUGAGACUCAUGGCCGUUAAAUCCAAGCAAUGCGCCACGCAGAAGAACAAGUACUACUGCCCCGAGGUUUUCCUCGAUGUGGUCGCCGACAAACUUACGUCGACCGCCCUGGAUUUGCGACUCGGCCGGCACCUCUCCGAUGAAGAGAUUGAACGCUUCGCUCGCGAAGACCCACGCAUCCGCCGACACCUCGAUAUCAUUCGCAAGAAGGAGCUCCUUGAGCUAGCUCUGCAGAAGAUCGAGGGCAUCCGGCAAUUAGAUGGGCGCAACAACCAGCGCGACCAGGAGCGUGCUCCUCCCAGCAAGGACACUGGCAGCCGCUGGGGUCUUUUCUAA